UUCCAAUCACCAGUCUAUCUGUAGUUUUCUAUCGUCGCACGUCGUAGUUCGUAUCGCGAUGACAACGUUGUUUCAUUUAUCAAGAUUUCUUAAUUACGCGGCGAGUAAUUGUCUGAGAAGAGUAGCAUCGGCUGUAAUUUGCAAACAAUAUUAUCCUGCAUUAAGAUUAUGGGAAAUACCAAUAGCAGAAUAUCGAACAGUUAAAUCACCAUGGAUGAGGCCUAUCCCAGAUUACCAAACGGAAGUACAGGAAUGGAAUGAAGAGAAAGAGAAAAUAUGCAUUGAUGUAACAAACGAAAUCAACAAUCAGAUCGCAACAGACAGUAUCGGCCGUAUGUUCGCAGUUGUCCAAGUAUGUGGAAAACAAUUUAAGAUAACAGAACAUGAUAUUAUAAUUAUUGAGGGAUUCUGGCCACCGAACAUAGGUGAUCAACUAAAACUGGAAAAAGUGUUGCUGGUUGGCAGUAAAGAUUUCACUCUCAUAGGCAGACCAAUUUUGAAUAGAGAAUUGGUUUCAAUCGAUGCAACAGUUAUAGAAAAGACUUUAUCCCAUACAAAAACUCGCUUUAGGUUUCGACCGAGGAAACAGUAUCGCCGUAUAAACUUCUACAGAAUACAACAUACAAUGCUACGGAUUAACUCUAUAAAUAUAAACGGAAACAUCAAUGAGAAGAAAGAAGUAGAGGGAUUAGACAGAGUGUAUUAA